AUGGAUAUUGAUCUUCAACCAUUACCAGCUUUAACUUAUACAACUAUUGGUGGUAUUAUUGAUUUAUACAUCUUUACAGGACCAACUGUGCAAAAUGUUAUCGAACAAUAUUGGGAUAUCAUUGGAAAACCUAUGAUGCCCCCUUAUUGGUCACUUGGAUUUCAUCUUGGUCGUUAUGGAUAUAAUAACAUUAACAAUUUGUUGGGAACUAUUCAAAGAAUGCAUGACGCAGAUUUUCCAUAUGAUGUUCAAUGGACAGAUACUGAUACAAUGUUAUAUAAUCUUGAUUUUACAUAUGAUGAUGUAAAUUUUCAUGGUUUACCUGAACUUGUCAAUGGAUUACAAUCUGAUGGAAAACAUUAUGUGAAUGCUAUUGAUGCAGGUAUUAGUUCAACUCAACCAGCUGGUUCUUAUUUUCCCUAUGAUGAUGGAAUGAAACGAGAUAUUUUUGUCAAGCAAUUUAAUUCUUCUGAACCAAUCUCGGGAAAAAGUUGGCCCGGUAUAACAGUAUAUCCUGAUUAUACAAAUACAGAUAUACUUGAAUGGUGGACAAAUAUAGCUGCAGCUUUUCAUGAGAAAAUUCCAUUUGAUGGAAUAUUGAUUAAUAUGAAUGAACCAUCCAGUUUUAUAGAUGGAUCAAGUGAUGGAUGUACAACUAACUAUUUGGAUAAUCCACCAUAUGUUCCUCAUAUACUCGGUAAUAGUCUUAGUUCAAAAUCAUUAUGUCCAUCUUCUCAACAUUACUUAUCACAACAUUAUAAUUUACAUAGUAUGUAUGGUUAUUUUGAAGCACAAGUAACAAAUGCAGCACUGAAGAGUAUUCGUAAAAAACGACCAUUUGUUUUGUCUCGUUCAACAUUCGCUGGUUCUGGUCAAUUCGCUGCACAUUGGACGGGUGAUAAUCGAUCAACAUUUAAAGAUAUGUACUAUUCCAUUCCAGCUAUUCUUAGUUUUAAUAUGUUUGGUAUAACACAUGUUGGUGCUGAUAUUUGUGGAUUUGGACUUGAUACGACUGAAGAAUUAUGUACAAGAUGGAUGCAGCUUGGUGCUUUUUAUCCAUUUAUGAGAAAUUAUAAUGAUUUUGAAGAAAAAGAUCAAGACCCAGCAUCAUUUUCAUGGGAAGCUCAACAAAUAAUGAAACAAGCAUUAAUUAUGCGCUAUUCACUUAUUCCAUUUUGGUAUACACUUCAUCAUGAAGCAGCAAUGAAAUCAAAAACUAUUGUACAACCACUUUUCUUCGAAUAUCCAAAUGAUGCAAAUACUUAUGAUAUUGAUGAGCAAUUCUUAGUCGGUCGUGCUAUUCUUGUUUCACCAAAUUUGAUUUCUGAAUCCGUAACUGUUCAUGCUUACAUUCCAGCAGAUGUUUGGUAUGAAUUUCAAUCGGGUGGAAGAGUUAAAACAGUCGGACAGUUUACUGAUUUAAAUGCACCACUUUCGAAAAUAAAUGUUCAUGUUCGUGGUGGUUUUAUUAUUCCCAUGCAAACACCAGGUGCUAAUUUAGUUCUUGGACGUGGAAAUCCAUUUGUAUUACUUGUUGCUCAAUCACAAUCGGGUAGUGCUAGUGGAAAUCUUUUUUGGGAUGAUGGAGAUUCAAUAAAUUCAAUUGAAACAAAGAUAUAUAAUUAUUUUGAAUUUAGUCUAACGACUUCGAAUACUUUAACAAUCAAUGCUCUCGUUACAAACUAUAAAGAGUCUCCAAUGCGUUUGGAUCUAGUGAAAGUUUUGGGAGUAACCAAGUCUGUGACCAGUGUAACUGUGAAUGGGAAAUCUUAUUUUGAUUAUCUUUACAAUUUUCUUGAUCAAGUUUUACUUAUUCAUGGUCUUAAUAUCGACAUGUUAGCUCAAUCUAGUCAAACUAUUCAAUGGUCAACUUCGAAUUAA